GAAGAAUUACAUAAUCCGGUGGAUACCAACCAUGUUCUUGCCGAUCUUACCCCUUUACUUAAGUAUUAGAAGGAACAAACUUUCUAUCCGACCACUUGUACCCGACAUAGACAUGCCCGUAACCAUUAUACCCUCAAAUCCAGUACCAGCUGCGUUAUCGGGGACAUUUAGAUUCAUAGACAUCGGAGUUAAUCUCACAGAUCCUGUAUUUCAGGGCAUUUACCAUGGCAAAAGAAAGCACGAAGAUGACUUCCAAGCAGUGCUGGACAGGUCGCGGUUGGCUGGUGUUCAGUCCAUGAUAAUCACAGGCGGAAGCCUUCGAGAAUCAAAAAUUACGCUGUCGCUUGCUGCUCAACUUGGCUUCUUUGCAACGGUAGGAUGUCACCCAACCCGCUCAAAGGAAUUUGACACGCACCCAGGCGGCCCAGAGGCCUACAUUCAAGAGCUAGAUAGGCUCAUAAGUGCCAAUCUCCAUGGCAAAGGGAGAGUUGUUGCUAUUGGUGAAUGUGGCUUGGAUUACGAUCGCACGCACUUUGCACCGGAAGAUGUACAGCGACGACACUUCCGUUCACAACUUUUUCUCGCCAAAAAACACAAGUUGCCGUUAUUCCUACACUGCCGCGCGGCACACAAAGACUUUGUGAGCAUACUUCGCGACGAAGGUUUCGGUGAGGAGGGAGAGAGAAAGGGAGUUGUGCACAGCUUCACUGGGUCAGUCGAAGAGGUCGUUGAGCUCAUGGACAUGGGCUUCCACAUUAGCGUCAAUGGGUGCUCCCUGAAGACAGAGCAAAAUUUACUGGCUGCAAAGGCAAUUCGAUCAGACAGGCUCUUACUUGAGACAGAUGCUCCUUGGUGCUCAAUGACCUCAACACAUGCGUCAAAGACUUUCCUAGAGUCGCUCCCGGUGUCAUUAAAGUCAAAGUAUUUCCCUUCUGGCACUAAAUUGCCAUCGUUCAUGAUGGGCAAGCCAGUGAAAGGGAGAAACGAGCCCAGUGCGAUCGGAGGUGUUGCGUGGGUCAUACACAGGCUGAAUGAAGGGAUUUCAUUUGAGAACGUGUCAGAAAAGGCGUACCAGAAUACUAUUCAGCUAUUUCGCCUAGAUGAACUUCAAGGUGCAUAUAUAAAGGACAUGUAAAAUUAGACGUGUUUUCACAAGCAUGCUAAUGGAAUCAUAUUUAUACUGUUUC